AUAAAUGUGUUAUAAAUUUAGACUCGAGAGUUAUGAAUUCUGCCAAUGUUGAUAGAAAAUGCCAUUUGCAGAUAAGCUAAUUGCUUUCAGAAGUCAUGCUAGAAAGUUUACGAACACUAUUAGUUGUAUGUUUAACUAUCUAUAAUUUAUUAAACGUGUUGUCUUAAGUUCAUAGGAUAUUGGGGCACCUAAAAGGUACAAAUAUAACAGUUAAUAAAAAGCAAUUUACAGUUGACCAGUUAUUUUUUAUUACUCUUUUGUCAAGCUUGUCGAAUUGUCAGUUUAGCGAAGGUGACAAGUUUAUGUUUGCUUUAGUGCGUUUGUUAAACAGGGUAGAACGAUAUUGCCGUCAUCAUGACAAGUGUGAAAGGCAGUAUGUACAGUUAGAAGCCUUUCAAGCCUUAAAAGAACGAUUGAAUACACAACAACUUCAGUUUCAGAAGACGCAUGUUGUUGAUACAAAAAUGAUAAUUAAGGUGCAGUAUGAAAAUCGCAAGAAAUACAUCAAAUUACAGGCUGCUGAUUUUGAUGAAUUCAUUUCUGAAGUGAGAGAAAAGUUCUCCAUUCCUGCUAGCAACAUUACAGUGGAAGAUGACUCUGGCACGGAGGUGGAUGAAACUGUGUUUGCAGAAUUGUCUGCAGUGGCAGGGAUUUGCUUUGUUGUGAAGGACGGUUUGGAUCACGACACAUCUCGGUCAUCAACUCCAUCUGCACCGCUGUCAUACAGUGGGAGUUCCCUCUCUGUUUUGAGUAGUGGCAGUGACAGUGACUUGUCAAGACAACCCAAACGAAUGAAAAUUGAUGAAGAGCCAUUACAGAGUGCUUUGGCCAAAGAUCUUAUAAAGCAGAUCCUCCAAACAAAAUCAGGAGGGACAAAAGUGUUGGAAGAAUAUGACGAAACUGGGACAUUGUGUGACAGUACAAGAAGGCAAAUGGUUAACAUUCUUGCUGCCUACAUGGUUGAAAUGGAAGGGAGAAUCCCUCAGCGGAGUACUAAAGAAAAAUAUGCAUUGGGAAUUGUCACCUUGUUCCCUGCAUUAAAAGAUCCCUUUUCAACAAAAGGAUAUGAACAUUUUUAUGAUGGCCAAAGUGGCUCUGGAUUUCUUGCGUGGAGGUUAAAGACAAUUCAACGAAAGACUAAAAUUGAGUUCAGAGAGUUUAAAAUACAGAAUGCAGGAGCAGGUGGUCCAACCCAGGAAAAGGAGCUGCCUUCGGCUGCUGAUCAGUUGGAUGAAGAACGUUGUAAAGAGUUAAUUUCCUUAAUGAACCACACCACUGACCGAGAAACUGUCCUGCAAAAGAUGAAGGAGACCUUCUGCUAUAGACAGCGCCUUAUCUACAAUCCUGACGAGUCGCACAACAUCCUCACAGUGUUUCCAAGGCUGUUGGACACGAAAGGGCUGAUAGAUCAAGAUUUUAGCCUCCUAUUUGGUGCAGAAACAGCUGCCAAACUGCUUGAGAAGUGGCCUACCUUCUAUAAGGAAAAAGUGAUCAGAGAAGCAGAGAGACUUACUACCACCUCAGUGCUCCAAAGCUUGCUGAAUUCAGCCAGGAAUCUGUACAAUGAUGAGUCUUCCGAGGAUCAUCGAGAGUGGGACAGUGAUAUGGCAUCUUUUUUGCUGCUCCUGCACCUUCUACCACCUCAGCCUUCUAAAAAGAAAAAACAGAAGAUCAGUGCAGCUCAGGCCAUGGAACAUCUAGUUGUGUUUCACAAGUCAAACAACAGUUUUGAAGAACACUUCGCAAAACAGGAGGGACAUCGCCAACCAUACCUCCUUGCUUCAGGAAUGCACAAGAGCGCCAUCAGCAAUUACUUUAUUGCAAUGGACAAGAUGAUCAUCCCAUGCCAGGGAACCACCUCGUUGGCAGCCAUUGAUGAACUGUUUAAAGCACACUUCGUUUUCAGUGUAAGCUAUGAUGAUGCACUCAGCAACAUGUACACAUUCCUCCAGACAACAGUCUACGGUGUAGAUGUUGACACCACUAAAGAAAGUCCAAAGGUGAAGGAGUUACGAGCAAAGUUCAUGAACAGAAACUAAAAGACUAUGUUAAAGUGCUACAUUUGCAGAACAUUGCAUGAUGCACCCAGUUCAUUAAUUCAGCACCUUAAGUUUUUUCAUGGGUUAUAUCCUGGCAAAAAGUUUGUUCUUGUUUGUGCACAAGAAGGAUGCUCAAGGCAGUUUAAAAGUUUUAAGGGUUUUAAAAUGCAUUUAAAUACUUGUCAUUAUACUACAGAUCUUGAUGCAAGCAGUGAUGUUAUGCAAGUACCACAUCAGUCAGACUUUGGUGAACAGAGCUCACAACACAACUCCUCUGUAAUGGACCAAGAUGCAAUCAACGAACCAUCAACAUCUCUUAUGUCAAAAGACCAAGCAAAAGAUAUGUGCGCGUCAAUUAUUGCAAAGUUAAAGGGCAGUGGCGUUGCGAACAGUGUAGUGUUAUCUGUUGUUGAAAGUAUGGAGGAGUAUGUUGAUGAAAUUCAUGCAAAUCUUGAAGAACAAGUGCUCAGUGCUUUACCUGCUGAAAAUCAAAUAAGAAGUGCAGUAAAAG